AUGAAUAAUAGCCAUGCAUCUAAAAAGUCAUUUUGUAUAAGGGCACCUGCAAACUGGGAAAAGUCUUAUAUGGAAGUUUGGCCCCUUAUAACGGUGCCAAGACAGUAUAUUUGCUUAAGGUGGUGCACUUCUCCCCAAUACCAUGAGUUUUCUUGCUCUUCGUUACAAUUUUUAGUUAUUCGGCCAGCUGGCAUGAAUGUACUCCUUGGACGUGUCAAAACGUUAUAUGGGAGCCAAACAGUAGCCAUUGAACAUGUUGAAGAUAAUCGCUAUGCCUUAAUGCUUCUUUCAGAUCAGGUCGAAUUUAGAUCGCUAAAAGUGAUUGCCAAUCAUCAAAUACCAGAGUCCUCGAACACAUCUAUCGAGUCUGGCUCAUCUAUAAAGCCUCCAAAAAGGACGUCAAGGGCAAAUUCUCUUUUGUCCUCGGGGUUUAUGGAAAAGACUCUUCACAACAUUCAAUCUGGUUCGUCGUUGGCAAAUGAACAAGAGUAUAAAUCAAUUGGCAGUAACAAAUCCAUCGCCCCUUCGAAUCCUACCACAGAUUACGAGCAGGAAAAUGCCAACCAAGAUGAAGCAGAGAAUAUCAAAGUAUUUCAUUCAGAGGAACCGGUUCCGACUUUGGAGAAUUUAACUGAUUCACUAAGGAAGGGGUACUUUUAUCAAUUGCUAAUGACGAAAACACCUGUAGUGUUUUAUGCUAAGCAGUUAGUUGGAAAAUACCGAACACAUGCUUUGGAUUAUUUUUUGAAAACCAAAGAUGAAAGUUUUAUAGACGAGCUUUUGAAGUUCUUAUCAAGCAUACGGUCUGUAGAAACUUGGAAAGAAAAUCUACAGAACUGCUUCCAAAACCACUUAAACGGAAGAGCAUGGCAUUUGGAGCUUGACGAUGGAGCGUCAGAAACUGAGCUUCAUGGAUAUCGACAGUGGUUACAAAAUGCUCUUAAUCAAGAUAGUCUUGAAAGCGAAAAACCAGACUUUAUGAAGGAGUUUUCAUCCUUAAAAGCAAAGGAAUACGAAUUAAAAGUCUUAAUUUACUUUGAGGUGCUGUAUAUAUUGCUAAAGAUACACCCAGAGUAUGCAAGCCAAAAAUCUUCUCGUGACAAAGUAAAAAAAACAAAACCCUUUAAAAAAGAAAAAGAACCACCAAAUUUAUUUGAGAAGGUUCAGCUCCAAUUGGAGUUUGUGUUUGAUGGACUAUGUAUUCGCAGAACAAUUGAGGAAAAACCUUCUAGUUCUACUGAAGAUUUAUUACUGAAAUUUUGCAAAGAGGGAAUAAUUCCCUUCUAUUCUUCUAAAUUCCCCAAAAUUGCGAGAGUUUUAUUGGACAAAUGUAACGGCUUAUCUCUAUUACCAGACUUCACGAAUCCGCGUGCUAAGCACCCUUCACGCCGCUCUAAAUUAUUAUCCAGGUCUAAUACAGAAUCUUCGUCUUCUUUAAAACGAUGGCACAGCUCGACACCAGUGUCAUCAUCUUCGUCGCCAGGAGAUACGAAAUCGUCUAACCUUAAACGUCAAGGAAGCUUUUCUUCUUCUGCUCAAAAUCUUACACGUUCUGACUCCAAAACAUCUUUUGGUGAGAAAGAUUUGAAGAAACGAAUUAACAGUAUGUCACGAAUUCGAAACAGAGAAGUUGCUCUUCCUUCGUCCGGAUCAUUAGUUCGGCAUAGAAGUUCAUUCAGUGAACAGCCCCACUCAAACAAUGCUACAGAGUUAUCAUUUACGGAGAAGUUGUUGUUGGCUAGUUCAGAUCCAAACAAUGCUUUACCGCAAAGACCUUCCGGGGGGAACGCGAAACAAGAUCUUGCUCGAUCAAAGACUCUUGAUUCUGUUGAUAGUCUUUCGGGUUCAUUCCAUAAUUCAGAUCAGCGAAAGCAAUCCAAUUCUGUCUUAGUUCAGGCUACCCCUCGAAAGAGGACAUCCUUGAUUGCCAGUUUUCAGUCACCAACAGCUGCUCACCCGGCAGUGCCUGACGAUUCUCCUACCAAAGUUAUCUCAGAUGAUCCAGUUAUUCAGGAUUCCCCUGCACGAAAUGCUAUGAAACCUAACGUUUUUGUUUGUAUACCUACUACUCCUCGAAAACUACAUACUAGUAACGACGAGGAACAGACUUAG